AUGGCAUCUGGACAGGAGACAGCCCUUCAGCCAGAACUCCAAAAUCAGUACACGAAUUUCAAGACCACACUCCAGUCAUUGGCCCAGAAAGUGGGGGAGAUCGAACAAGAGAUCGAAGAACACAAACUUGUCACGGAGACACUACAGCCAUUGCCAGAAGACCGGAAAUGUUUUCGUCUGGUCAACGGCGUACUGGUUGAGAGGACUGUGAAAGAUGUAUUGCCUGCGUUGAAGACGAACUCGGAUGGUUUGAAGCAGGUGCUUGAGGAGCUACUAAAACAAUACAAAGGCAAGGAAGACGAGAUGAACAAGUGGAAGAAAAAGCACAACAUUCAAGUGGUGCAAAACUAG